CCCCGACGGCGUCUCGCGUUCAGUCGGCUCGGGUUUGCAGGAGGCGGCCGAGUCCCCACUUUCUCGCCCCGGACCGGUCGCAGAGGGCGGAGCUCCGCGUCUGCGUUUGACAGCUGCGAGCAGAAGCUGCGCGGCGCGCAGACGGACCGGGGAAGGCGCGCCGCUCCAAGGCGCCUCACUGUUGGACGAGCGACACGCGUCAUGGACUUUUCCAGCCCACGUCCGCGCUCCUAAACGGCCCGAGAGCGACACCCGAGGCGGGGGAGCGUCGUCUGCGUUCGUCGCGAGGAGCCCCGGCGUUCUGGAGACAUGCACCGGGCGUUCUCCUUCCCGGUGACCGCGGAGCGCAGUCGGACCAAGGAGCGCCUGGAGGCCAGUCUGGCCGGGCUGUGCGAGCUGGAGCUUCGCAAGCAGAGGCAGGAGUGCCUGGUGCUGGGGGCGCUGGUCCUGGGAGACCCCUCCAGAGGAGAGCCGGCGUGCUUCAGCAGCUGGGGGCAGGACAACUUGACGCUGAGGCGCCAGCUGAGCGCUCUCCAGAGCUCCCCGUGGGGCCUGACGCAGAUGCUGGAAGAGCAGGUGGAGGAGCUGAGGAUCGACGCCGGCGACGCCGGUUCUGGUUUCUAUGAGUCGACUGAGGGUCAGUCGCCAACAGGGAGACCUCCUGCUGAGCCUCUGGAGGCGACGUCAUCCUCGACUCGCGGCGACCACAGGCCGGAGGCAGCGAACGAGCUCCUCGUGCCGAACGGCGACGCGGACGCGCCGGCCCUGCCCCGCUCCUUCUCCGCCCCGCACCCCCCCCUGGAGGGCAUCGCCGAGGAGGCGCCCGGGCCGGAGGCCUGGCAGUGGGAGCCGGCCGACGGCCGCCUCAGCGAGGAGGACUACCAGCAGGCGCUGAGGGUGGAGAGCUACAUCCUCCACGUGGUCCAGCGCCACACCGUGUCGCCGAGGCCGUGUCAGCCCCGCACCACCCUGAGCCCCGACCCGCCGUACGCCGCCGCCUCGGGACACGCCUCUCUGCACAGACGGACUCCCUCCCUGAGCGCAGAGCAGCGCCCUCCUGACUCCCAUCCACAGCCCCACGUUGACCUUUUGGCUCACCCCGAGAGCCAGACCUGGGGCUGUGACCCGCAGGAGGGGGAGGCCCCAUCUCUGGAUGAUGACUGCUAUUUGGCGCUGCCCUACCCCCAGUCCAGGCCCCACUCUCUGGCCGGGAGGCUGCCGUCACCUCUGCCCUCCUUGAACCCCAACUGCGGUUCUGGCUCUCUUGACCUUUUUUGUGAACCCGCAUCCCCCCAACAUCUAUACGCACCACCUCCCAUUCAUCAUAAGCACAGUUUGGUCAGUGCUCAGUAUAUCCCUGGACAGGCCUGCCACGCUCCUGUGCGCUCUCCCAGACACUACAACCCAGAGGAGCCCAAGGCCGCCCACGCUUUCAUUCCCCCGGACCCGCCCAGCUCCAAGUCCAGAACCUCCAGGAAGAGCCACAACGAGCGGCACAGAUCGAAGAAAUCCAGCAGUAAAACCAACCGAUCGCAGUCUGAGAACAGCCUCCUGGGCCAGCGAGGUCCGCCGGAGCGGAGAUACAGCACCACCGAGAGGCACCAGGCCCGAGAGGACGCCGCCCAGAACCAAGGCCAGCCCGCCGGGCCGAAGGCGGGCGGCGGCAGCCACGGCGGGGGCCGACGCUGGUGUUCCAACCUGGAGCUCAGCCAGGACGAGGGCGACACCCAGACGGGACCGGCUCCGAGACAGCCGCCCCGAAAGGCUCGCCACGCUCCGGCCUGUCCUCAGAACCACCACCACCAGCAGCAGCAGCAGCACGGCCAGCGCUGGCCCUCGGACCUCCAGCAGCGGGCGCCCCUCUACCAGGGCGAGGAGGGCUACGGCGCCGCCGCGCCCGCCGAGUCCGAGUCCAGCAUGAGCGAGGUGUACUCCCCGGCCUCCAGCUCCCUGUCCAGCGACUCGGACGAGAGCGGGGGCCUCGUGUGGCCCCAGCAGCUGCCGCCCCGUCUGGCCGCCGCCUCCUCCGCAGCCUCCCCUUCGCCACAGGCCAACGCGCCGCCGCAGCCCAAGGCCUUUGUCAAGAUCAAAGCAUCUCAUGCGCUUAAGAAGAAGAUCCUCAGAUUCCGCUCAGGCUCCCUCAAAGUCAUGACCACCGUAUGAGGAAACGGACCGACCCUUCGUGCUUCCUCCUGUCUUUUAAUCGCAGUCUCAUCGCAACCUUGUAGCUGAUGCCUUUGGUCACCAGUUAUUACUAGUACUCCACCUACCUCCAGUGUUGGUACUAGAAGACUUUCACACUGAUGGGUUUGAUUAAAGGCCUUCAGUCAUACCUGCUUGAAUGUAUCUUGCAGCUGACACCAGACUAAUGGGCGUCAUCCUGCUUCUCGUUACUAAUAAUUGAAGCUGUGUUGGCACGGCGCUCGCUAAAUAGGCCGCCAGUUCCCCUGGAUGUCUGUUGGCCUUGGAGAGAAUUAAUCAGUCGUGUCAUGUAAACGAAGCCAGAGCAUCUGGUUCUACGAACCCUCUGCCGUCUUCAGCCGCCUCCUGUCAGUCAGUGUAAAUAAACAGACGUGUGAAUUUACCGGUCGUGAUACGGGACCAGUGUGCACGCGUGCAUGUAACGUGCACACACACAGUAAUUAUGUACAUAUCUGUUCGGACCUUGUUCAGACUCAAGUCAUUCAUAUUCAACGAUUGCAUUGUAAAAGAUCAUAUUUAGCCACCGAGCAAGUGUUUUAUUUAAUUCGCAUUUUACUCGUCAUUUGUCUAAACUACAUACACAUUUGACAAACCUACAUUACCUGAGCUCUGAGUAUCUGUUCAGUGUGCAGCCACGUCUCAUGUCUGUAUAACGUCUGUAGGAUUUGACACAGAAUGCAAACAAUGGGUUUCAGUCCAACAAUCAGACGUUGAAGGAGUUGCUCCCCCUUGUGGCGGGUGUGUGGAACUGUUACACAAUAAGACCUGGCUGCUUUCUCUGCGGUAGUGACUGGUGCACAUGAAGUCACCGUGUGUCUAUAUACUUCACAUGUAUGGUUUAUCAUAAUAAUAAUAAUUUGUUUUUGAUGGGUACGAAUGAGUAUGAACCUGAAUUAAAACAGGCAAACGCUGA